AUGGCUAAGAUAACCACCACAAAACUUUAUGUGGGCAACCUUCCAAGUGAUGCAGACAAAGAUGAACUAGAAGAGGAGUUCAGAAAAUUUGGUUCUGUUGUUGAGUUUGAUAUUCUCAAAGACUAUGGCUUUGUUCACUUUGAGAAUGAGGCAGAAGCCAAAGAAGCAGUAGAAGCUUUGGAUGGGACAAUGCACCAUGGAAACAAAAUCAAAGUGGAGAUGUCUCGAAGUAAAGUGCGACAGAAUCCUGGCAUGGGAGGCAAAGGAGAAUGUUAUCGCUGUGGUAGAGUAGGCCAUUGGUCAAAAGAGUGCCCAAGAGGCCCGUCUCGUGACCGAGGGCGUGCUAGAGGUGACAGGUACAGCCUCUAUGACAGAGAUCCCUAUUAUCCAGACCCGUACGAUUUCUAUGCCAGAGCACGGCUGCUACCGCCACUCCCAUAUGAUCGCUAUAGGUUUGAUCCAUACGAACGUCGACUACCUCCACUUCCGCCCCCAUAUGAUUCAUCCUACCAUGAUUUUGGUAGGGUAUCGCCAGAUUACUACAGAUCUGCAGCAGCACGUGAUCCAUACUAUGAUUAUUAUGAAAGACGGAGGCUGGCAGCUUUAGAUGCUUAUGGCGACAAGCUUGCGGUUUCAUCAUCAGCCUCAUCAGGUGCCGUCAGUGACAUGAAAGCCCUCUCCAGGACUUCACUGCAGGGCAGAGUGCCAGGACCCUACUAA